UUGGUAAAGCAAUUUCCGAUUGAGAAAUUGUACGCUGAGGCUGACGAGCUCAUUCAUAAGUUUUGUCCCAUCUAUGAGAAGAAGGUAAUGCUGGGAGAAAUUUCUGUAUAUAUUGCUAAGACUAGUCGCUCUAUUGUUAGAGAAAGAAUGAGUUUCUGGCGACGAAUUGAUGAGCAUCCAUCCUCUGAGGAAACGGCUAGGAAGGGCCAGAGUAAAACACACAUGUCGAAUGGAUUGGACAAGACUCUCGACUUGUUGCUCACCAUGGUCGAUGUGUUCAAGAGCCAGUGGAAAAGGGAGUACGACCCUUUCUUUACUCGCUCAGAUCCUAAAAG